GAAACAUUAGCAAAGCCGUGCAGUGUUAUCGAUCCACACAUGUAAACACUAAUAUGAGCGUCCCACUCCUGUGGUCUAUAUUGGAAGGGGAUCCGCCUCAAUCUGAAUUCCUUCGGCGAUAUACUUUGAUAUUGUUUUACAUGAAGAUGAGUCAACUUGACGAUGCUGGCGUCAAGAGGGAACUGGCAAAAACUGGGAAUGGGAAGUUUUGCAUCAGGAACAACAAUUCUAUACGCAGGAUGAGAAAAAAACAAGAAGAAGGGAAAGCAUGGUCUGAUCUAUGCGACUUGAAGAGUCACUGGGGUCUAGAAAGGUAUACACUUCUGUCUGCUGUGCCCGAGGACACUCAAGAAGCGCCAAUACGAGAGAUGACCGAGGGGAUUCAAUCGCAAAACUCAGUACUGCUACAAAGCCUAAACGACGCCAGACGGCUCUGCGCCGCAUUGCUCAAUGAAAGACUACCCAACUGUCUUUUGAUCGAUAAUUAUAGCUACAAGGAGAGUCAACUUAGCAAUCACGACAUCAAAUUAUCGUUCAAGGCGUUUUUAAGUUUGGACCCAAAUCAGCCAGUACAGAUCCCUAGGUUCUAAGGGGAACCCUCCCCUCAUAUUCUUCUAAGGUUUUGGCCCAGAAUGGAGCUUCUUGAAUUUAAUGAGCCAUUAUUCCUUAUCUUUGGAGUAGUCGCACAAAAUGACGAACAGGGCUGUCUAUGAACCCU